AUGACAAACAACUCAAACGAGAUCUUACCGACGAACCAGACAAGUUUACUGCCCUGCAAUCUGGAUAUGAUGCUGGACAGUAUGUCUUAUCACUAUCAUCUCAACAUUUCCAUCAUCGCCAUAAACACACCGUUUGCCGUGUUUGCUAUCUUCAGUAACAUUGUUAUCAUAAUAACAGUUUACAAGACUCGGGAACUUCGUAUCCCAGCAAACAUCUUACUUUGCUGCCUCGCCUUAACUGACCUAAUGGUCGGCCUAGUCACCCAGCCUCUUUUCAUUGCGUGGCGCUUGAUGCUGCAUUUCUCGUCAACCAUUUGCAGCUCAGGCCUGUUGCACAGCUUGUACGAAGCAUUUCUCUACUUAUGUACGGGUGGUUCAUUUCUCUGCUUGGCCUACUUGAGCACCGAUCGCUCAAUUGCCGUCUCAAAACCCCUCCAAUACCGCGCCAACGUCACAACCAAUCAGACUGCACGCAACAUGGCGAUACUAUGGGCCAUCUGGAUAGGCUUUAUCGUUCUCCGAUACGUAGGCAUCGAUGAGAAUAGCAAUCAAAUCAUAACUUCCGUUAUCGCCGGCCUUUUGGUCAUCUACCUGCUGGUCGUUCAGGUGGUGUUAAUGGUGUACCUCAAACGAAACAGCAUCCAUUCAUUGCAUUCGGGGGAAAACGGCGCCCUGUUUGUUUACAGACGAGAGAGGCGUUGCGCUGUUACGAUUGUAUACAUCUUUUUAACUCUCCUUUUGUUUCUUCUUCCAGCUGUUCUUGUGCAAAUAAUAACUGGUUUUAGCAGCAGCAAUCAGAGUAAAACAGAGAUGAAUUUUGCCAUCUCCGCGCUGUUGAUAAACUCUUCCGCGAACCCCCUUAUAUACUUUUGGAGAAGUAAGGACAUGCGCAAAGCGGCGGGUCGGCUCUUUGUAGGCACCAAAGAUAGCAGUGAAAGAAGCAAUGAAAUCUCUCCUGCUGGAAACAGUGGAAGCAACAUGAGGAGGUCCGAGGAGGAUAUUGUCUAA